AGUGAAUAUUGGCAUUCUCGGGAGAAAUGAUUAACAUGUUUUUUUUUUGUUUCAGAUAAUAAUGAACUUACCAUCAUCUCUAAGAAGAAACCUGUCAAUCACAGUCAUGCGCUCCUACUGUCACAAUAAACUCAUUUUGAUAAAAAUGAUUUUGCGGCUAUGACUCCUCAAGUCACAACAUAUUAAACACGUCAAUAAUAUUUAAUUUACUAAUUUAUUCUAGUCUAAAAUUACUACUUUUGUAGUUGCAUUAACUAGUUGUAAGUUACCUUGUGGUGCCAAAAUCGAAAAAUCCUAGUCUAUUUUGACCUAACAAAAUGGCAGUAAUAGCUUUGCCGGCCAUAUUAGCAGCUGUUAAGGGUGGAGUUGGACUGAUUGGUGCAGGGAAAAUCGCCAUCUUGCCAUUCCUCAUAGCCGCGAUGACGUAUUUCCAUUACGACCAAUUUGAUCCUGAGAACAAACCAGUUGAUCGAGACGAGGUGGACGCCUGGUACGACUUUGUAAUCGUAGGAGGAGGCACGGCCGGAUCUGUGUUAGCAAAUAGACUGUCAGAGAUAUCUAGCUGGAAGGUGUUGCUACUAGAAGCUGGCGGACAAGAGACGGAAAUCAGCGACGUGCCGAUUCUAAGUCUGUAUUUGCACAAGAGCAAGUUGGAUUGGGGUUACAAAACUGAACCGUCAGACUCUGCCUGUCAAGCGAUGGUAGAGAAACGUUGUAGUUGGACAAGAGGAAAAGUCCUCGGUGGUUCUUCGGUACUGAAUACGAUGCUUUACAUAAGAGGAAAUCGCAGAGACUUUGACCGAUGGGCGGCUUAUGGUAACCCAGGAUGGUCUUUCCAAGAUGUAUUGCCGUAUUUCAAGAAAAGCGAAGAUCAGAGAAAUCCCUAUUUGGCAAAAGAUAAGAGGUACCAUGCUACAGGCGGAUAUCAGACGAUCCAAGAUGCUCCUUACAAUACACCACUAGGAAUUGCCUUCUUGGAGGCCGGUGCAGAAAUGGGUUAUGACAUCAGGGACGUCAAUGGAGAUAAACAGACUGGAUUUGCGUUGUGGCAGUACACGAUGAGGAGAGGAGCCAGAUGCAGUGCAGCCAAAGCUUUCCUAAGGCCAAUCAGGUUAAGGAAAAAUCUGCAUAUAUCCAUGUACUCCCACGUAACCAAGAUUCUCAUAGAUCCAGCAACCAGGAGAGCAUAUGGUGUGGAGUUUCUGAAAAACGGAAUCAAAAGAAGGGUGUUGGUUAGAAAAGAGGUGAUUCUAUCCGCGGGAGCGAUAAACUCUCCUCAUUUAUUGAUGUUGAGUGGAGUUGGUCCCGCUAACCAUUUGAAAGAAAAGGGAGUUCCUGUUAUACAUGACUCGCCAGGAGUUGGACAAAAUCUUCAGGACCAUAUUUCGAGUGUGGUGACUUUCUUGAUAGAUCCUCCUAUCAGUCUUCUCCUGAAUCGUUUGGUCAAUUUGAACACUGCUUUUAGAUACGCCAUCAAGGAGGACGGACCCCUGACGUCGUCAAUAGGCCUGGAAGCAGUUGGAUUCAUCCCAACCAAAUACGCAAAUCGAUCCGAUGAUUGGCCAGAUAUGGAGUUCAUGUUAACCUCCACUUCGACGCCCGCAGACGGAGGAGGGCAGAUUUCGAAAGCACACGGACUCACACCGGAGUUUUACAAAGAGGUGUAUGGAGAUGUCAGUUUUAAAGAUACGUUCGGAGUGUUUGCCAUGAUGUUGAGGCCGAAGAGUCGAGGAGAGAUCAAACUAAGAUCGAAAGACCCUCUCGACUACCCUCUUCUCUACCACAACUACCUCAGUCACCCCCACGAUGUGAACGUUCUUCGCGAAGGCACCAAAGCAGCAGUUGCAUACGGCCAGACUGAAGCUUUGCGCAGGUUUGGUGCCAGAUUUCACGCGGUACCGCCACCAAACUGCAAGCAUCUGCCUCUAUACACGGACGAGUAUUGGGACUGCUACAUCAGGCAGUAUACGUUGUCCAUAUAUCAUUAUUCGUGUACAGCUAAAAUGGGACCGGAAACGGAUCCAUGGGCUGUUGUCGAUCCUGAGCUCAGGGUUUAUGGUGUUUCCGGCCUUCGAGUGAUCGACGCCUCAAUCAUGCCGUUCGUGACAAACGGAAACAUCAACGCCCCAGUGCUGAUGAUUGGAGAAAAAGGAGCGGACAUGAUCAAAGCCUACUGGCUGAGUCCGCACUCUGGAAGAAGGAAAAAACGAGAUGUCGUACCGAAGUUUAACGCCAAAUUGACGCCCGAGAAUAUGAACUGUACUAGAGAGGACGAUUGAUAGUGAUAGUAUCUUUUUAGGUGAAUUAUGAAUCGAUGCCAAAAAUUAAUCUAGUGCAAAACAGGUGACCGUGUGUAACAGUGGCGUAGCUUGCUCCUCAGGGGCCGCAAUAUCAACAUCUGUAGGGGCGAAUCCCAAAUGGAGAAUAGACUUUACUGAAUAAUAAUAUGAAUUGUUAUGUAUUGGCCACGAGCGUCCGCAGGGGGGAAUGGGGACAUUUUAGAAAUUCAGAUAAAUGUUUUUUUGCGUUGCGAUGUUUACAACACGUAAAUCCAUGUGGGGUCAUAGUAGGUAAUGCUAUUUAAUUUUCAACAUCGUUUGAAUGGCAGCAGUUUUAUAAGUCGAAAUUCAAGUACCUUCAAGAUCGUCCCAAAGUUUGUUUUUGUUCGCUUGAAAACUUCUGAAUAUUUUAAAUAUUUGUGAAUAGGAGAAAAUUUUAAAAAAUUUAAAUGUUGCUUUCAGCGUUUCUGCUUGUUUCAGUUUCGGUUAUAUUUAAAAACAUUAUGGAGCUCAAACAUCUUGUUUCUUUAGCAAAAGCCUUAUCUUGACUCCUGGAAAAUUUGAAAAUAGGAAUAGGUGAAUAGUUGCGAAGUACUGAGUCAAUCUACUUGGCACCAAUUUUUCCGAUAUUUAACCAUCCAUAGCGGAAGAUGUUUGUAGUGUUUCGAAAUUUUCAACCUCCGAAGACAGUACCAUGCUUGUUAGUCAAAGGUGCCUCGUAGAAGUUCUGAAGUAGGGUAAGGUUGCCCAUACUGGACCACUUUUCUUAAAAUCUCUCUAGCAUAGGGAAAGUUAUUUAAAUAAUAAAUCCAGUUGAUCUAAAGUGUACUUUGGAUAUUUGAGAACGCAUAGGUAUGUAUAAAUACUAUUUAAAAUAAUGAACUAUAUGACUAAUUAAUUAAAAACAAAACAAUUGCAC